CGUGCGCGCCCCGCCGGACUCGGGUGGGAGGGGACGUCUCUGCUACUCCACGAAGGAAAGCGAAGGAAUGUUUUCUCUGUGGUCUGCGGCAGUGGCAACGUUCUGGAAGCUUUUUCAACAAAUUGCUUGAGUUUUGUGAGGCAGGAAAAAGACACGGGUUACGGGAAUACAAUUAAGUGGCAUUUAAAUUUUAUGUUGAAGGUGGAGACAUGAGACUAAAGAUAUCUCUUCUAAAAGAACCGAAGCAUCAAGAAUUAGUAAGCUGUGUGGGCUGGACGACUGCUGAAGAGCUGUAUUCCUGCAGUGAUGAUCACCAGAUAGUGAAGUGGAACCUGCUAACCAGUGAGACAAGUCAGAUAGUCAAGCUUCCUGAUGACACUUACCCCAUCGAUCUGCACUGGUUUCCAAAAACCUUUGGUGUAAAGAAGCAGGCACAGGCAGAAAGCUUUGUCCUUACCAGUUCUGAUGGUAAAUUUCAUCUGAUUUCAAAGUUAGGAAGAGUGGAAAAAAGUGUCGAAGCUCACUGUGGAGCAGUGCUUGCAGGAAGAUGGAAUUACGAAGGAACAGCAUUAGUUACAGUUGGGGAAGAUGGACAAAUAAAAAUCUGGUCAAAGAGUGGGAUGCUUAGAUCAACACUAGCUCAACAAGGAACACCGGUGUAUUCAGUAGCAUGGGGCCCUGAUUCAGAAAAGGUCCUUUAUACAGCAGGCAAGCAGCUGAUCAUUAAGCCUCUUCAGCCAAAUGCUAAAGUUUUACAGUGGAAAGCUCAUGAUGGCAUUAUUUUAAAAGUAGAUUGGAACUCGGUCAACGAUCUGAUCCUGUCUGCUGGUGAAGACUGUAAAUAUAAGGUGUGGGACAGUUACGGCCGCCUCCUGUACAACUCACAGCCCCACGAGCACCCUAUCACCUCGGUUGCCUGGGCUCCAGAUGGCGAGCUGUUUGCUGUCGGGUCCUUCCACACUUUACGCCUGUGUGAUAAGACAGGGUGGUCGUACGCUUUAGAGAAACCCAACACUGGCAGCAUAUUCAAUAUUGCGUGGUCAGUUGAUGGCACUCAGAUCGCUGGAGCCUGUGGAAACGGACAUGUGGUGUUUGCGCAUGUGGUGGAGCAGCGCUGGGAAUGGAAAAACUUUCAAGUGACAUUAACUAAAAGAAGGACCAUGCAGGUUCGUAACGUUCUUAAUGACGCUGUGGACUUACUGGAAUUCCGAGACAGGGUCAUAAAAGCAUCUUUGAACUAUGCACACUUGGUUGUUUCAACGUCUCUUCAAUGUUAUGUGUUCUCUACGAAGAACUGGAAUACACCACUUAUAUUUGAUCUCAAAGAAGGAACUGUUAGCUUAAUUCUGCAGGCAGAAAGACAUUUUCUGCUUGUAGAUGGUGGUGGUAUCUAUUUAUAUUCUUAUGAAGGGCGCUUCAUUUCUUCUCCAAAAUUUCCUGGAAUGAGAACAGAUAUUCUUAAUGCACAGACUGUGUCUCUGAGUAACGACACCAUAGCAAUAAAAGAUAAAGCUGAUGAAAAACUCAUCUUCCUCUUUGAGGCGACAACUGGAAAGCCAUUAGGUGAUGGGAAGCUUCUUUCUCAUAAGAAUGAAAUCUUAGAAAUUGCUCUGGACCAAAAAGGACUUACCCAUGAUAGAAAAAUUGCUUUCAUCGAUAAAAAUAGAGAUCUCUAUAUCACUUCCGUGAAGCGAUUUGGGAAGGAAGAACAAAUUAUCAAACUUGGAACGAUGGUGCAUACUUUAGCAUGGUGUGAUACGUGCAAUAUCCUUGCCGGACUCCAAGAUACUCGACUGACAGUGUGGUAUUACCCUCAUACAGUGUAUGUGGACAGAGACAUUUUGUCCAAAACAUUGUAUGAAAAGGAUGCAAGUGAAUUUAGUAAAAAUCCUCACAUUGUGAGUUUUGUUGGAAAUCAGAUAACUAUAAGAAGAGCUGAUGGCUCCCUGGUUCACAUCAGCAUAUCCCCGUAUCCUGCCAUUCUCCACGAGUACGUGAGCAGCUCGAAAUGGGAGGAUGCUGUGAGGCUGUGCCGCUUCGUUAAGGAGCAAACCAUGUGGGCUUGCCUAGCUGCUAUGGCAGUUGCAAAUCAAGACAUGACAAGUGCAGAAAUAGCCUAUGCUGCCAUUGGUGAAAUUGAUAAGGUUCAGUACAUCAAUUCUAUAAAAGAUCUUCCAUCAAAAGAAUCAAAAUUAGCCCACAUUCUGAUGUUCAGUGGGAACAUCCAGGAGGCUGAAGCAGUGCUUCUUCAGGCCGGCCUUGUGUAUCAGGCAAUCCAGAUUAACAUUAAGCUCUACAACUGGGAAAGGGCACUGGAAUUGGCCAUAAAAUACAAAACACAUGUUGACACAGUUCUCGCAUACCGUCAGAAGUUUUUGACGACAUUUGGUAAACAGGAAACAAAUAAACGAUAUUUGCAGUAUGCAGAAGGUCUCCUAAUAGAUUGGGACAAAAUCAAAGCCAAAAUUGAGCUAGAAAUUACAAAAGAGCGAGAGCGAUCAUCCCAGGCCAGCAAGACUAUGGGUCUGAAGCACUAACUGCCAUGAAGACUUCGACAUUUUUGCCUUUUAAAAUUUGUUCUGGUUAACCAAAGAUAACAUAUUUUUGUUGCUAAAGUCAUAAUCUAAAGUUAUAAUCUGUAAAUAAGUAUAAGUACUUGUUGUAUAUUUAAUACUGAAAGAACAUUAAUAAAGAUUAAACAAUAA